CAUUUACAGUGUACGAAACAAUGCCGGCACCACUCAAACACUGUCGAUCUUUGUACGUAAAUAUACCAACACAAUAGUACUUGAAAUCGUAUAUGUCAAAAUAAUAUGUCAUCAAUACAAACACUGUGUACAAACGAAUGUGUAUGCAUGUACAAAGAACAUCAAAAAUUGAAACGAAGUAGCCGCUUGCACUAGCAGCGAAUUUCACAAUCUGUGCAUAAGAUUGCAAAAAGGCGAUUGACUCGACUUGCAGCAGAACUGCAGACCACUUGCAAACGAACAUUGUAACAGCAUCAUUGCAGACUGAAAAGGUAAUAACAGGACAAAAUGGGUGUGAAGGGGCUGAAUAAAUUUAUAACUCGGUUCGAAAAAGGUAUCAUCGAUCAUAUUUAUAUGGAAGAAGAGAUUGAAAACUGGAAAAUCGAUCACAAUGGAAAAGUACCGCAAAUUUUGAUCGAUUUAAAGGAAAUGGUGCAUAUUUUUGUGCAACGUGAUGAGAUUGGUGUUAUCUUGGGUGGCCGCUUUGAUUACUACAACAAGAUGCUCAAGCAAUUUCUGGAGAAAUUGACAAAGACCAAGGCAAAACUGGUGUUUUUUAUGGCCGGUAAAAAAUACACUGAUGAUCUACAAUUCUUUAUACCAAAACGUGAGAGUGAUUACAUGAAUUGUUUGGAGAUUUUGAAUAAAAUGGAAUUAAAAUCCGAUCUAAAGGCGUAUUUAGAUCAGAAAAAUAAGUAUUCUACUGAUAUUCGAAUGGCGUUGGCGUUCGAUUUUAAUCUAAAAAAAUUGGUACGUCGUUUUGGUGAUUUCCAUGUGAACUACGUUCGACACAAUCAAGAAAUCGCCAAGUAUGCGAAGCAGCAUGCCGAUGAAGUGUUGGCUGUCAUUACCAAUGACACCGAUUUCAUGGCAUUCGAAGGUGAAUUCCAAUAUUGGCGCGCCAACGGUAUCAAUUAUAAGGAACUAACUUGUUUUCGCUACUGCAAGCACAAAUUGCAUGACAAAUUGGGCUUAAAUUUUUAUCAAAUGCAAUUGUUAAGCGCACUGUGCGGCUCCAACUUUCUUCCGUUCUACGUCAUCCAUGAUUGGAUAAAUUCAUUGAUCGAAUCAAACGAUAAUCCGCAACAACGUGGGAAAAUUAACAACGUUGCAUUGUAUGUGAAACGACAGCCAAUCGAAUUGGUGAAGAACAAACCGACAUUCAAUUUGGAUAGCAUUAGUCGUGAUGUCUUUGGAGAGGAUUACACUCCGGUGCAAUUGAAUUCCAUUGCCAACGGGCUGGCUUGCUAUGAUCUGGAUCUAGAAGAUGAGCCAGACCCAAGAUAUUCAUUUCAGAAAUUCUGCAAAAAGAACGAUCAUUUCAUGUAUAAAUUGGUCGCGGACGAUAUAUUCAACAUCAGAGAUAUUGAAUACAUUGAUUUUCGCAACUAUCGAUCUAAGAGCUACACCGAAUUGAUCGUACCCAUUCUAAUGAAACUUUGCGGCAUUUUGUUGAACGAUAACAAACGCCAGCCAAUUACACGCAAAAUCUGCGUGAAACAUGCACACGAUGAGCCGUUCAAAGUGACCGAGGAGACAAUCAUUUAUCCUAAAAUGAAACUUCCGGAACUUUUCGAUUUGGUCUUCAAAAACAAAGAGCAUCAAUUCGACAAGCAACGAUGGGCGCUACUCGAAUGGAUCCUUGAUUUGGACCAGGGAUUCGUGAAGACGCUUGUUGAUAAGAAGAAAUCGUAUUUUAUCGCAACUAUUCUGACUUUGAAGUAUUUAGUUCAGAAUGAAGAAUUUACCGCUAAAGAAGCCAAUGCCGUUUUGUACACCGAACAUCGAGUGCGAAAUCUAGGUCAAUCGAUGAAAGUUGAAUAUCCCAACACUCCAAAUGCUGACUUCAUUCGCAUCGCUCAUUUGUAUGUGAAAAUGUAUGUUCUUAUUUCUCAUUGCUUGGAUGUUUGCGGUCUUCAUGAAUUAACGGAUUUGCUUCGAUUCGACGGUGCAAUUUAUCAUAAAACAAUGGAAAAAUUCGAAAUCGCCGACGAGCAGCAAAUAGAAGUUCUCCACUCGACACUCGAGCCAAUUUUUAUUUUUACAUAAAUUUACAGAAGUAAAUGUAGUACGAUAUGACGUUUAUUAGAUAUCCACGAAAUUCAGUUUUGUUUCACAUUUAUAUUCUUUUAUUAACUCUAGAGCACGUAAAUCAAGUGCCACUCGGCCACUAUAUAUACUUUUCUAUUUCGAUACAAAAUGGUCAAGUUUAAAUAUGAUAUGAUAGUCUGUGAACGUUAAAUUAAUGUAAGGCAUGCAUUAGCAUAAGAAUUUUUUUUUCAAUCAAAAUCAAAGUCUAAGACAAUCCAAAGUUGAUUUACAAGAUUUAUAAAUUCUACUCUGAACGUAUACAUUAAACAAAGAUGCUUGUGUAUUUUACAACGGAACGAAUGAAGAUUUUAUUGAAAAAAUAAAAAUAAAAACAAUUAAUCGAAACUAUUCGAACAA